ACUAACUAUUUUUGUCGAUUUCUGAUGAUAUUCGCACUUGCAUAAAAAGAAAACAUAUUUUAUCCAAAUGGAAUCCUUUUGAAGUAACCCCUUUUGAUAGCAAAAAGUAGCAGGUGGUGAUCUUCAUCCAUCUUCAAUUCUGCGAUUAACCGGAGCCUAAUUGCUCCGAUGGACAUAACAGAUGGAUCACCGGAUCUCCAUGGAUUCCGGAUGCCAGCCGAAUGGGAACCUCACUCUCAAACGUGGCUCGGUUGGCCUGAGCGUCCGGAUAAUUGGCGAGACAACGGACUUUACGGACAACGUGCGUUUGCGAAAGUUGCUUCUGCUAUCUCCAAGUUUGAGCCUGUUACUGUGUGCGCCAGUGCCUCUCAGUGGGCUAAUGCACGCAAGCAGUUGCCUCAUGAUGUAAGGGUUGUAGAGAUGAGUAUGAAUGAUUCUUGGUUUCGUGACACAGGCCCAACGUUUGUUGUACGUGAGGGGAAAUCAGGUUCGGGGAAAGUAGAGCCGAACGUCGCGGGUAUUGAUUGGAACUUCAACAGUUGGGGUGGUAUCGACGAUGGUUGCUACAUAGACUGGAGUCAUGAUCUUCUGGUUGCACGAAAGAUUCUUUCAAUGGAGAGGGUUCCUCGUUUUCCACAAUCUAUAAUUCUUGAGGGUGGAAGCAUUCAUGUAGACGGUGAAGGGACCUGCCUUACUACUGAAGAAUGCUUGUUGAACAAAAACCGGAAUCCACAUCUUACGAAAGAACAAAUAGAAGAUGUGCUCAAAACAUAUCUUGGAGUCAAGAAGAUUAUUUGGUUGCCACGUGGACUAUAUGGUGACGAUGAUACCAAUGGGCAUGUUGACAAUAUGUGCUGUUUUGUGAAGCCUGGUGUGGUCUUGUUGUCGUGGACGGAUGAUGAAUCCGAUCCCCAGUAUGAGCGAGCUGUAGAAGCUUUCACCAUUCUCUCAAAAUCUACCGACGCUCAUGGCCGAAAAUUUGAAGUUAUUAAACUUCAUGUACCAGGACCUCUAUAUAUGACAGAUGAAGAGGCUGCUGGAUUUGUUCAGGUGGGUGAGGCUAAACCAAGACUUCCGGGCACAAGGCUUGCUGCUUCGUAUGUUAACUUUUACAUUGUGAAUGGAGGUAUUAUUGCACCGCAGUUUGGAGACCCGAAGUGGGAUGAAGAAGCAGUUCGGGUCUUGUCUCGGGCCUUCCCUGACCGUCAAGUGGUAACAAUAGAAGGCGCGAGGGAAAUCGUACUUGGAGGUGGUAACAUUCAUUGUAUAACACAGCAGCAGCCUGCCGAUCCUAUGUUUACGCCACUUCAAAAUGGCAAUGGUGUUUAGCUUUGGAUGUUUAUGCUGCAGACUGUAGAAUAAUCUGCUUCCAUUAAGAUAAGUUACAUCUCGGAAUCCAAAACUUAUAUAAAGUUGAUGAACAAAUCUCUUUUAACUUCAUUGAUCUUUACCCGUCAUAUAUCGGUUCAUCUUUAUCAAACUUCAAUCAUGCAUUGACUGCUUGUGCUCUAACAUAGUAACAUUGACAUGC